CUCUCCCUGAGGGAGCGGUGGGAGGGGGAGGGCAGGGCAGAGGGAAGGUAGUGACACGUGUCAAUCAACCCCCCUCCGGGGGGCGCGCGCUCCGGGGCUCGCGCCGAGGGCUCGCGCCCCUGCCUCGUGCCUGCGCUGCUCGUAUGUAAAUGAGGGCGCGUGACGCGGGACGCAGAUGGACAAGGGAAGAGAGAGAAUGGCCGCUGCCGCCGCCGCUGCUGCCGCCGCCGCCGCCGCCGCUCAGUGCCGGAGCCCUCGGUGCGCGGCGGAGAGGAGAGGAUUCCGGCGGGAACUCGACUCUUGGCGCCACCGCCUCAUGCACUGUGUAGGUUUUGAGAGUAUUUUAGAAGGGCUUUAUGGACCACGGCUACGAAGAGACCUCAGUUUAUUUGAAGACUGUGAACCAGAAGAGCUGACUGACUGGUCUAUGGAUGAAAAAUGUUCAUUUUGUAACCUACAGAGAGAAGCAGUCAGUGACUGUAUACCAUCUCUUGAUUCUUCACAGUCAACACCAACAGAGGAGCUAUCAUCUCAGGGCCAGUCCAACACUGAUAAGAUUGAAUGCCAAGCAGAAAAUUACCUAAAUGCACUCUUUCGAAAGAAAGAUCUUCCUCAGAACUGUGAUCCUAACAUUCCCCUAGUUGCUCAGGAAUUAAUGAAAAAGAUGAUACGUCAAUUUGCGAUUGAGUACAUUUCAAAAAGUGGUAAAACUCAAGAGAAUAGAAAUGGUUCAAUUGGACCAAGUAUAGUAUGUAAAAGUAUCCAAAUGAAUCAAGCAGAAAACUCCCUUCAGGAAGAACAGGAAGGCCCCUUAGACCUCACUGUGAAUCGAAUGCAAGAACAAAAUACUCAGCAAGGGGAUGGAGUGUUAGAUCUCUCUACAAAGAAAACCAGCAUAAAAUCUGAAGAGUCAUCCAUAUGUGAUCCUUCUUCUGAAAAUUCAGUGGCUGGUUCAACUGUUGAUGCAAAAUCAGAGGAAGCUACUAAAAUGGAAAAAAGAAAAUCAGCAUUAAGCAAAGUUUUGGAAUCUUUGUGCAUACAUCACCAGCAACAAGUUUUGGCUAUGUUGAAAUUUCUAGUCCAAGAGCAGAAUGCUGCUUCUCUUUGCUGUUGUAAUACAUCAUGUGUUGUGUCUUCAGAAUCUCAAAAGCCCUUAAUCGAAGAUAAUUUAUAUGGUCUGUUCUGUAGUUGUGAAUAUAGGCUGGCAGAAAAAGGUUGUUUACAAAAUGAAAAACAAAGCCCUGGUUUAGAACCUCUGCCAGUCUGUAUUAAAGAUUUAAAUUGUUUGUCUUGCCAAACUGUAACUGUUGAACACAUUAAGCCAGUAGUGAAUAGUGGAAUUGCAGACAGUUAUAAUUCUCACAGGUGCUGUUCUGGACUGUUACCAAACAUUCACUCUACAAAAUCAGCCUUUCGUAGUCCUCUUUUGUCAAAGGAAGUAUGUGAUCUUUCAGUCACUCUUAAAGAUGCCUGUAGAUCUCGAAGUCCCUCACCCCCACCAUUAUCACCUGUCGAAACUGAAGGAUUUGAAAAAUUGAAAGACGUCAUCUCAGAGAUUUCAGCCUUAGAAAAUAACAAACUUGAAGCAAACAUUAACCAGCCUCCAUCUCUCACACCAGCAGAAAUAAGCAGCAAUAAGAGUGAUCAUGAAGAUAAAAUACUUAAAACUAAAAAAUCCAGUAACUCUUACUCUUUACUCUCAAAUGACAGCAAUAAUUCUGCUACAAAUCAUGAAAAAGGUGAAACUGCUGUAAUUUUUCAAGAUUUAAUGGAUCGCAUUAAUGAAAAACUAAAAUCAAUAGAAACCACGGAUAUGACAAGCCUUGUACAAUUAUCUAGCAGUGAUUGUAAUACAUAUAAUGAUUUAAAAUUGGGAGAUUUCAUAACGUCUCUCUUGCAUAAUGCAAAAGCCAGUGAUUAUAGUUUUAUGGAAUUAUUGAGUCAACACGAUAAAAAGGUAGAAAAUAAAAUUAUUCAGACAAGAUUUCGAAAGCGUCAAGAAACUUUAUUUGCAAUGUGCAACUCCUCUGAUUCACCCAUGUUUAGAAGGCAGUCUUUACAGAUAAAAAGAGAACUUGCUAGUCUUGAUGAAAAUUUUACAAGAAAAAAAUACACCGAGAAAAGUUCAAGGAAGUUGACACAAAACAAUGAUAUAUCUUCAUCAGACAAAGGAGAAUUCUAUCAUGACCAAGGGCCUUCUUUACAAAAUUCUAAACGACUUCAAGAUAAAAGUGCUGAAACAUCGUUUUCACCAAAUUAUGCAUUACAGUCACUGCAACUACCUCUUCAUAGUUCAGAAACUAACUUGUCUUUUAAUUCAUUUUCAGAAAGCUUUAAAACAACUUCCCCUGAGAAAAUGAGCAUAAGAAAGCCACAGGAGAAAUCUGCAGAUGGAAAACAAUUUUUGCAAAAUCAUAGGAAAAAUCCAAAGUUAGGUAAUACUCAAACUCUUUUGAGAAAUGAUGCUUCUGGACUUUUGAGCAGAACUAAACGAAAUAUUGUGCCUCCAGGGUGGUAUUCUAUAUAUGUAACAAAUAAUUAUGUUUUUAAAAAAUCCCCUAAAGCCAAAAAGGUAUCCGAAUCCACAACAAAAAACGAUCCAGUGAAAAAUAUUCACAUUGAAAACUCACACAAUAUAGACCUAAACAAAAUUGCAAUGAAUUCUAAUUUACAAGUUGUUGUGAAGCGUUUGGAAGAUACAAUAAAUAUAGCCAAAAAAUCCUGGAAUAAUCAGCCAUUAUCAGAAGGAUGUAAAACAUCCAAGAAAUUGAUAGAAAUUGAUGGUAAAGAUCAAAAUGCUGACAGAAAUAUGACUCUUACUCUAAAUAGAAUGACAUGCAAAGAACAGAGCUUAUCAAAAUCUGUGGUAGCAUCCAGCAGUAUUAUCAAAAGUCAUUGCAUGCCUACAAUGGAUUUGAAUAACAAAAGACUUGAAAAUCUGAAAAAGUCAACUAUUUUAGAUAUGGGUCGCUUGAUUUCCAGUGUUGAAAAUGGACCAGCAAAAUAUGAAGGUAUUGAAAGUUCAUCUGUUUCCAACUAUUCUAGUCCUAUCAAACUCAUGUUUUUAUCUGAGGUUAAAAGUAGUGAAGGAGUCAAAUAUACUUUAACUUCAGUUGGUACUUCCCAUUCAAAUGUCGUUCUCCCUUCUGAAAAACCUACAAUCCAUCAUGUAACUGAAGAAAAAACAGAAACAAAUGAGAAUAUCUCAAAUGCGAACUCUGAAAAUUAUCACUCCAAUCAUUAUGAUACUGAUACUCUUCAAAAAGAACUAAACAAAUUCAAUCAUGCAAAAGAAACUUCAGUAUCCUCUACAAUGUUUAUAGGUGAUAUAAAUAGUGAUAAGCCACAAGAAGAAACUAAGGACAAUUCAAGCAGUGCUAUUGAUCCAUCUUUUAAAAGAAAACCAGGUAGACCAAAAAAAAUAGGUCCCCAAGUUGUGAGACAGAUUAAGCGACCAAUUGGAAGACCACCAAAGCCUAAAACUGAUCAAACAGACAUCACUAUUUGCCAGAAUGAGCCCUUUAGUGCUGGAAGGAAAAGCCCAGAAUCUCUCAUAUCAGAAGUAAAAGAAGGUAUUUAUAAAAAGAGUAUUACAGUAACUGUUAUUUACGGAAGGUCAAGAAGAACUAAAAGGCAUGUUUCUGAAGGAAGUGUAAACAUAAGCAACCUUAUGUCUUUAAACAAUAAUGCUGGGGAUUUUCCAACUGAAUAUAAUAGUCCCAGAAAUAUUAGUGAACACAAAAUUAACUUGGGUGAAAGAAUAAGUGCUGUCGCAAGCUUGACUACUGAAAGUGAGAUCUUGGGGUCUGGCUUUGAAUAUGUGAGACCCAUCAAGAACAAAUCUGUGAUACCUCAGCCUUCCAAGAACAUUAUUCGACCAAAUCAGAAACCUUUGGCAAUAAGUAGGAAGCCUGGUAGACCAGCAAAAGUGAAAAUCUCUGGCAUAUCUGUGACUAUUAAUAGAACUUCACCUCAGGAAAGAGAAGUAAGUAUUAGCAGCUGCUUGCCUCCUUUAGAACAGGAAAAUACGUUAGGAAAAAAUCUACCUGAAGAAAAGUAUGACCAACAGUGCACUAAAAUGGAUAAAAUAAGGCACACUGAAGCUGAUAUAUUUAAAAAUGGAUCAAAAAGUAUGAUUGCUACUGUACCUUUGAGACAUUCUAUUAGGGACAGAAAACCAUCUCUGCAUUUCUUACAUUCAUUAGCAUCUUCUAGCUCAUUUAUUUAUAGAAAUGCUCUGCUCCAUAAAUCAUAUAAACUGCAUUUGCAGAAAAAUAAAAGUCAGAAGGAAAAACAUAGACAGUCAAAGAUGAAAAUAGCUUACAAAGAUACCCCAAGAAUCAGACUUUCACGGAAUGCAAAAAAGUGUUUGGAAGAUAAUAAAUUAGUACCUAUUUCUGAAGUAUCCUUGGAUCCUAUAAUUUCAUCAAACCCUUUGCUCAGGUGGUGGGCUACUUCUGCUUCAAAUGAUUCCUUAUUAGAGGAAUUAAACAAUAGAUUUGAGCAAAUAACCAAUGCUUGGGUGCAAGUAAGUGGCGAUGAAGCUGAAAAUUGUAUUCAUAAAAAAAGAGAACACAUUGAAAAUGAUCAUUUCAAAGUAGCAAGCCCUUUGGAAACUUGUCUUUUAGAACUUGAAGUUUCACCUGUAAAAAUGCUUUUUCAGAAAAAGUAUGAUUUGAAUGAACUCUGUACUUGGUUUAUGCAAACAACAGAAACACAGUCUCUUUCACUAGUUAGAAAAGCAAAUGCCCGAAACCCUUUGGAAGUAAUAAAUACCAGGGGAAUCAAAUUAGGGACCAAAUAUUCUGACUUUAAUGCCAGCCCCUUCAGAAAGCACUUUAAAAAAUUUGCACUCUCUUCUCCUUCAAAAUCAGCAGAGAAGUUGCAUAUACUGCAUAAAGUGGCUAACUCUCCACUCUUAAAUGUGAAAAGUAAUUUAGCAAUAGCUAGAUUAAAAAGGACUGAGUUUAAGAGGUUGCAUCAUGAAAGGUGGAAAAGAGAGGGAAAGCUGCACAACCACGGAACAGUUGACUGGAACUCUAAAAGGAGAAACUUAAGAUUUUUCUGCCAGAACCAAUUUUUAAAUAAGACUGAGGGAGAAACAAAUGCUGACAUCCCACUCCAAGGAAAAAGCAUAGUAGAAAAUCAGUGUGUUUUGCCACCUGAGAUCAGGGGUGACUUGCAGCAGAGGGUAGUAAUGCCUGACUUCAAAAUACGUGCUAGUUUCGAGAAUAAAUUUAAGUCAGAAGCAAAAGAGAAUGGAACAAAUUGCAGCCAAAAAGACUUUCAAAAGGGACCAAGACUAGAAAAUGUGUGUCCUAAUAGUUGGAGGUCAAAAACCUUAAAAGACUGCAGAAUAUUUUUGAGGAAGCUCAACUGUCUUGAACACAGAAAUACUUUAAAGCUAAAUACAAUCAUUUACUCUCCUGAAUCUACUGACAGUGGAAAUACUCAUCAAACUCAUAUGGAAGAAUCAAAGCGCUUUACUUUAAGAUCUCAUUCUGCUAGGCAAAAUUCUUUGAAAAAGCAAUCUAAAGAAAUAGAAAAUGCUAAAGCAAAUAAUCCUUCAGCUGAUGAAUUUGCUGACCAUCUUGGCAAUCGUAAAUUAAGCAAAUGUAUUAACUUUGACAAGAAUCCUGAUAGUUUUGAAGUUCUUAGCAAUUUGAACAAAAGAAAAAGACCACCAUGGAAGACCACAGAAGUGUCAACAAAAAGACAUAAACGACAGUCAUGCAACAGUGGACAAAUGGCAAACUAUUUUUCCAAAUCCCUAGCAUGCUACAAAUGAAAACUGAUGAGAAACUGAAUGUGUCUGAUGGGAAUACAGCACGUUGCCCUUUGAGCCCCGUUAAGAUGUGCCUUAAUCGUCCCAUUGAAUGGAAUCUGAAUUUGACAACAGCAUCUCUAGCGAGCUGUACAG